UUUUUUUGAGAAAACUGCGCAUUGAUAUUCAAAAGCAAAAUUCCAACGCAACAAUGAACUGAUUUUUUUGAUGGAAAAUGAUUUAUAUCUUUUUGAAUGAUAUAUAUAUAUAUAUGCUAUUAUUACAAAACUAAAAGUACAAUGCAUUGUUGCAAGUUUAGCAUGUACUGAAUGCAUGCCUUUUGAAUAGAUAUUGUUCUCUUUCUUUCAUUAUACAUCUUAUCAAAGGAUUAAAUUUGUAGAUUGCUCAAUCGAUUAUUCAUCAAACUGUACAUUUCACCUUGAAGUAUUUUCUUAGUGUUACAGCAAUGUACAAUACACUUGUCUCCCAUGCUUACUUUCUUUUCCCAAAUACAAUAGCCAAAAAUCACACGUGUCAAUAGAGUCCAUUUAAUAACACUUGUAAAGUAGUCGAAAAAUUGGAGUAUUUCCAAAAUUGUAUAUAUAAAAAAUUCCUCCACUUUUAAACAAUAAAGCUAGAAGUUCAUGAUAUAACGCGAUGUGAAAGAAAGCACGUAGACUAGGCAACCUCCUAAGAAAAUACAGAAAGAGCAGUGCGAAUGCUAAAUUGUUGGUUAAAGAAGGUACAUUCGAGGCCUCGUUCUCCUCGUUUUUACUUUACAUUUCAGAGAUCUCGUCGGAUUCUCUGGACGCACAUCGAGGAACGAGGCGAGAAUUCAUAAGACGUCAUACGUGCUCUGCUCGUCGCUUUGUUCCCUGCAUUUCGGUUGACCUUUAUCCGACGAAAAUAGCAAUGUCGCUCGCCUGCGGAGCGCGCGAAGCAGGAAGAGCGACGCGAUGUUUGGAAACACAGCUGAUCUCCAUAAACAAAGCGCAACCUGCCUUUGCUGCGUUAUACCUUCGGAAUCGCCGUCGAGCUCCGAAUCCAACGAGUGCCACGACGAAUGUUGCAAGCCAAGCGUUUCUUUGCUGGUCGCUGCGUUAAGCGCGAUCGUGCCCACACUUACAUAUUGAUCUCCCGCGCGCGAUUAUUCACUGAUAAUUUAGACAUUGAACCGUUAAAAUUGCACAUGUGUCUCUCCGCGUUUUAACAUCUUCGCUGACCGAGCGCUUUCUCUAUGUAUGCAUGUCAACCUCGAUGCUCGACACUUUGACAGGCAGCGCCGCGGAAUGAUUAUGCACUACUUGGCAUGAAUCACAUCCUUAUCAUUUAUUCGUGUAUUCGAUGGUUAUCAUCGUUUGACAAGCAGCUUCGUCGUCGUUCCGUAAGCAGCGCUGAUUUCAAUGAGUUGGCGCAUCUACAUUUCGAGUGCACAUUGUCGUUCAAUUUCGAAUCGUUUCAUCGAUCAGGAUCAGGAGCACGAUCGGUUAAAAGUUUCGAAGCGUUAUUUGAACGACAUCGAAGCUAAAAGAAUCUUUGACAUGUCGAGCGACCUGGACUUCUUGACAAUGACGAUAUUCGUUCGUAUAUUUUAUGUUAACUAUCUUGUUAACUACAGAUAUGUAUAUGUAUUUGGUUAAACAAAGGUAUACAUAUGAUGCUGCGAUUACUGCAAUGGCGGACCCUGGGAAGGAGGGGGGGGAGAUAAAUUUUUCUUCCAAGAUUACGUUUCGAAACGUCCUUUUCGAAGAAUAUUUUACUGAUAAUUUAUAAUUGUUUGUUGUAAAGCUACUAUCGCCGUAUUACGUCGAAAUGCGAUCAUCGAUUUAGUUCAAAUGUUGCUGAAGGAUCCGUGUAAACCCCAAAACGAAGCCGAAGUGGCAAUACAAAUUAAAUUUGAUAAGUUUAUCAGGUCUUGCUCGAUAAAGUACUCACUUUUGGCGACAGGUUCCAUUACAAGUUGGACGAUAGGAGCGGUGAUUAACGUUAUGCAGGGUCAUUUACCAUUCAAAGUUUGGCUGCCAUAUGAUUAUAAUAAGUCUUUAAUGUUCUGGAUUACAUCAAUUCAACAGAUUAUAACAUUGAUUUUUGCCACUAUUAUUAAUGUUGGCACGGAAACUCUGAUUUUCGGUCUUUUUUUGCAAACGUGCGCUCAAUUCGACAUUUUUGAAAGUCGUCUUCAAUUAGCGAUUAAUAAAACAGCUCGAAGUCGAAAGGAUUUUUCAUGUAUUUCAUCGGAAAAAGAAGGAACACCAAUAUCGAGAUACAUACAUCAUCAUCUCAUUAUUUACAAGUACGCCAAAACGAUGAAUAGAAUAUUCAGUCAAGUACUUUUCUGUCAAUUUUGUGGCAGUAUAUUGGUAUUAUGCACAUGUCUGUAUUUUAUGUCAACACAUAUUACGGGCUCCGAAGGUGCGACUUUGGCAAUAUACACUAUUUGUAUGUUUGUACAAAUCUUCGUUUACUGCUGGUCUGGAAACGAAGUAAUACUUAAGAGUAAUAGCAUAGGAAAUGCAAUAUAUCAGAUGAAUUGGCCAAUAUUAUCGCUCAACGAGAAGAAAGAUCUUUUAAUGAUAAUGAGACGUAGCACAAUUCCUAUAAAAUUUACAAGCAGCUUCUUGAUAACUUUCUCUCUCGAAUCUUAUAGUAACAUUCUGAAAACAUCAUAUUCAGUAUUUAAUAUAUUACAACAGUCUUGAAAUGUAAGUAAUCGAAAAUGCUUUUGCAUCAAACACAAUCGUAAUAUUUAGUAGUUUUUAAUAAA